AUUAAUGUAUAGAGAUAACUCAAAGGAGUUGCAUGCAUGGGCUCUCACUUUAAUCCUAUCUUAAACCCACUUUUUAUGCUUCAUUACCAUUCACUUUCCAAUUCACCUUUGGAUAAAGAAAAGUCCAAAUUUUGGGUUGUCGUUUUGUGUCUUUCAGCAACAAUAUAUAUAUGAGUGAACUUGAAGCUAUAACAAAAGCCAUGAUGAAUCAAUACGAGAGGGUAUUUAACGACAUUGAUAAAAACGGAGAUGGGAAGAUAUCGGCAGCGGAGCUUCACCAGUGCGUGAAGGCAAUAGGGUUGGAAGUGCCGCUUGUGGAGGUGGAGAUGGUGGUGGUGGAGGGUUUGGAUAGAGAUGGAGAUGGACUGUUAGGGUUGGAAGAUUUGAUUAGGUUAGUGGAAGAUGUUGAAGACGAUGAUAAAAUGAAAGAUUUGAAAGAGGCUUUCAAGAUGUAUGAGAUGGAAGGGUGUGGGAUUAUUACACCACUGAGUUUGAAGAAGAUGCUUGCUAGAUUAGGUGAAUCCUCUUGGAGUUUACAAGAUUGUAAAAUGAUGAUUGCUCAUUUUGAUCUUAAUGGUGAUGGUGUUCUUGAUUUUGAUGAAUUUAGGCUUAUGAUGUUGUGAUAUUACAUAUAUUUAUAUACAUAUAUAUAUAUAUAACAAUAUGGAUGUAGAUUUUUUUCUUACUCUAUUCUAAUAUAUUUUUAUUCAACAC